AUGUUUUUCGUCCGACAGAUGUUUGGCCAGGCCCAGCGCCGGGCAUUCUCAGUCUCUGCACGACAGUCCUCCAAGGUUGCCGUGCUCGGUGCUGCUGGUGGUAUCGGACAACCUCUGUCACUGUUGUUGAAGCUCAACCCUCGCGUCUCUCAGUUGGCCCUCUACGAUAUCCGCCUGGCUCCAGGUGUGGCAGCCGAUCUCUCACAUAUCAACACAAAGAGCGUCGUCAAGGGCUAUGACCCAACCCCGUCCGGCCUCCGCGAGUGUUUGACUGGUAGUGAGAUCAUUCUCAUCCCCGCCGGUGUUCCAAGAAAACCAGGCAUGACGCGGGACGACCUUUUCAACACCAACGCCAGCAUUGUCCGUGACCUUGCAAAGGCUGCCGCCGAUGCCGCUCCUGAUGCCAAUGUCUUGGUUAUCGCCAACCCUGUCAACUCGACUGUACCGAUCUGCGCAGAGGUCUACAAGAGCAAGGGGGUCUACAACCCGAAGCGCCUGUUUGGUGUCACCACCCUUGACGUUGUUCGCUCCUCGCGCUUUAUCUCGGAAAUCAAGGGAACCGACCCAGCCGAUGAGAACGUGACAGUUGUCGGUGGCCACUCUGGUGUGACUAUUGUGCCUUUGAUCUCUCAGUCUCGUCACCCAGAUAUCUCUGGCGCACAACUCGAUGCGUUGGUCAACCGCAUCCAGUUCGGUGGUGAUGAAGUCGUCAAGGCCAAGGAUGGCGCUGGAUCUGCCACUCUUUCCAUGGCCAUGGCUGGUGCCCGAUUUGCCGAGAGCUUGUUGAAGGCCGCGCAAGGUGAGAAGGGCGUGAUUGAGCCGACCUUCGUGGACAGCCCGCUGUACAAGGAUCAAGGUGUUGAGUUCUUUGCCUCGCGCGUUGAGCUUGGCCCUGAGGGCGCUCACAACAUCUACCCCGUUGGCAAGAUCAACAAGUAUGAGGAAGGUCUCUUGGAAGCAUGCUUGGGAGACUUGAAGAAGAACAUCCAGAAGGGCAUCGACUUUGUCAAGGCCAACCCAUAG